UCCCCACUCCCCACCCACUCCCACACACCCUACCACACACACUCCCCACCCACCCACUCACACACAGACACAGAGAGAGAGACGCGUGACGCUGCCUCAGUUCUGUUUGGGGGCAGCCCAAGACAGCGAACGACCCCCCAGAUCAGGAUGAGGGAGGCUGCGAGAGAGACGGCGGGUUGGUGAGGCAGACAGACAGACAGGCGGGCAGGAGGGUUGAUGAUAUCUGCUGAGGACAUCUGCUGAGGAAGGUUGUCUCAAAUUAACGAGAGAAGCUGGCGAGGGUGAGCGGGCGAUGAAUCGGUGAUGGAGGCCCUCACGAGUUGGUGAUUGAGUGAGUGAGGGCGGGCGGGCGGGCGCCGAAGCUGUGGGGCUGGUGGUGAGGUAGAGAAGUCUGCGAGGCAAGAGACGAGGUCGUGGUGGUGGUGGUGGUUGUUGUUGUUGUUCCUGUGAGUCGACAUGGCCGGGACCCAGGAGUUGCAGCGGUGGUGCCGGCAUCAGACGCGGGGCUACCGCGGCGUGAGCCUGCGGGACAUGGGGGCCUCGUUCAGGGACGGCCUCGCCUUCUGCGCCAUCCUACACCGGCACAGGCCCGACCUCGUAGAUUUUGACUCGCUGGACAAGGACAAUGUUUAUGAAAACAACAAGCUGGCUUUUGAGGUUGCGGAGCGGGAGCUGGGCAUCCCGGCGCUGCUCGACCCGAGCGACAUGGUGAACAUGGCGGUGCCCGACCGGCUCAGCGUACUCACCUACGUGUCGCAGUACCACAACUACUUCUGCGGCAAGCAGACGGCACUGGGAAGCUGUGAGCCUGGUGCCCGCGUCGCCACGUCGCCGUCGCUCAAACCGAUCCGGGACGCGACGGAGGAGGGGGCGACGACGAUCGUGGUGGGGCCAGCGUCGGAGGGAGGAACCAGCACCAGCAGCAGCAACAGCAGCAGCAGCGCGGGCCCCAGCUCCAGCACCUGCUGCCUGUGCCAGCGCCACGUGCACCUGGUGCAGCGCUAUCUUGUCGACGGAAAGCUCUACCACCGCAACUGCUUCAGGUGCAAGGACUGCUGUAACACGCUGCUGCCCGGCACUUACAAGAUGGGCGCAGACCCCGGGACCUUCGUGUGCACGCACCACCGCACGCCCAGCCACCUGUCCCGGCGGCCGCCGUCUGUCCGCCCACCCCGACCGCCUCAACCACCCGCCGACGUCAAGUCCCUCGACUCAGGCCCCAAAUCGGAUCCCAAAUCGGAUCCCACAUCGGAGACCAAAGACGCCGAGAUGAGGAGCAGCAGCAGCAGCAGCAGCGGCAGCAAGGUAGACGUGGACCCGAGCCGGCCUCGUCCCGAUGGUCUGGCUGACACCCGUGGCCCCGAAGGAGCAGAAUUAUCCCAAAACCACGGCUCGGAGUGGCCUUCCCACACCAGAGCGGAGUCUCCGACGGACCCAGAAAGCGCUUGCCGCUUUAACGGCGAUGGUAGAGGAGAACGGAGCGGAGGGGAGGAGGGCGUCGGAGGCAAGGAGGCGGAGAGCACCACCACCACUCACCACCCCCCCACCGUGAAUGGAGUGCAGGCAUCGCUGGCCAGCGAGCCGGACGCCCAAGGGUUAGAGGAGGCAUGCGGAAGAUCGUUUGCCGCGGCAGCGGGACGAGAAAAGGGGGGCGAGGCGGGUGAUCGCAGCACGCCGCCCGCCGAGGACAAGGCCGCCACACCCGGCGGACCGGAGAUGACGGCGUCCGACGGAGAGACGUCUGGCGGUUUUCCCGAGGCGUCGAGCGGCGAGGCCGAUUCCGGCACGGCCGAACAGAACCGUUCGGCGGCGGAGGAGAGGAGCGAAGGGGAGGGCGCCGCGGAAGGCCACGGGCACGCCUCCGUCCCCACCCCCGCCCCCAGGAGGAACACAGAGACGCCGUCCCCCGGCACGCGGCCUGUGCCAAAACCACGGGGCCACGCGGCGGAACAAACAGGUUCGACGGCGGCGCUUCCCGUGCCGCGACCCCGCAGCGUGGCGGCGCCCAUCUCCCCGCCGUGGUUGUCCCUGGUGGGGGCCGAGUCCCGCAAGCGGCCCGCGCCGCCCCCUCCUCCUCCGCGCCCACCUGGCCUCAACGCUGGCGUCAGGAGCCCCAAGCCGGCCCUUCCCGGGAAACCCGCUUCGUUUCGCGCCGCGCGCCCACCGGCGGCGGGGUCGGAGCGCAACCCGGAGCCGUCCGGCGAGGCGCGACUCCGACGCGAGGACAAGAGGCAAGAGGCCUCGUGGUACAACCCUUUCGAGGAGGACGACGACGAUGAUAAAGGCGACGAGAAGGGGACCGGCAAGGAAACGGACAAGUCCGAACACAGCGAGGCGGCCGCCGAAAAUGGGGACGCGGGGACGGGGUCGGAAGGUUUGGGAAGCGGAUCCGACCUCGCCACGGGCGAGGUCGGCGUGAGCUCGCAGGAGGACGGGGAGACGGGGAACCUCAAAGUGGCCGACCACCCUUGGUACCGCAUCACGCCGACCGGGAGCCCGCAGACUCGGAAACGGGUCGCACCUGCAGCACCCGGGAAGCGAUUGCCCGGAUGCUCUUCCCAGCCGUCGACACCUCCGACCGCACGCUCGCUAGCACGGGGACCGCCCCCCCCCAGGCCCCGGUCCACAGAGCCCCCGCUCACGGCCUCCGAGACGUCGCUGAGCGUCGCUCGUUGUGUAGCCGAGCCCGCGGGCCCCUCCAAACCCUGCAGCCAAUCGCAACCGGCGCUGUCCGCGCCGGCCGACGCUGCCACCGCCCCCAUCGAGGCGCCGCCACCCGUCGCGGCCGCGGCCGCCCCCUCGGCAGAGGACUCUCCCGAGAUCCCGCAGCACGAGGUCAAACCCGCAGCGGCUGACUCGCCGGACGGGGCCCCGCCCACGAGCGACGCCCCGCCCAUGAGCGACGCCCCGCCCACACCGUCGCAGGCCACACCCCCUCCGCGCCCGGCCACGUCCCCCGGCCUGCUGGUGGCCAAUGGGACCUUGAGCGCGGCCGCAAGCCCCGCCCACUCGACGGGAGACACGCCCCCUCCACGCCCGGCCACCGCCCCCACGCGGCUGCCACCCCAGCCUCCUGGCACGCCCAGCGCCCAGCAGAAGACGAUCUGCAAGGAAAAUCCCUUCGACAGGAAGCCGCUCGUUACAUCCUCCUCCCCGUCAGCUGCUCCGGCUCAGAGAAAAUCCCGGAACGGACCCAAGCCGCGCCGGCCCCCGGCUCCGGGGCACGGCUUCCCCAUUAUCAAACGCAAGGUCCAGUCCGGGGAGCCGGUGCCAGAGGAGGAGAUCCAGAGCGAGCUGGAGCGCAUCGCUAGGCAGCUGGACCGGCUGGAGCGACAGGGCGUUGCCAUGGAAACCAGCUUGCGCCAGGCGGACGGAGAGGAGGGCGAGAAUCCGAUGAUCACAGACUGGUUCAAGUUGAUCCACGAGAAGCACCUGCUUCUGCGCCAGGAAUCUGAGCUCAUCUACAUAUCCAAACAGCAGAUCUUGGAGGAGCGACAGGGAGACGUGGAAUUUGAGCUCCGGCGCCUGUUCAAUAAACCCGACUCGGAGAAGAGCGCGGAGGAUCGAGCGCGCGAGGAGGAGCUCCUGCAGGAGCUGGUGAGCAUCAUCGAGGCGCGCAACGCCAUCGUGGAGAGCAUGGACGAGGAGAAGCACAGGGAUGAAGAGGAGGACAAGGCCCUCGAGGGAGUCAUGCUCAAGAAGGAGUUCCUGAAGGCGGAGAUGGACGUCCGCUCCACCUCCUCGUCCUCCGCACCGGGCGACAGGAAGAAGGGAAAGUUCAAGCCGCUCAAGCUUCUCCGUCGCUCCAGCACCAAGACCGACAAGAAGAGUGGGGGCAGCGGGGGGCGCAUCGGGGGGCAGCAAGGGCACGGCUGGGGCAGCAAAGUGAGCGGUCAGCGGCGUCUGGGUUCAUCGUGGAGGCCGGUGCGAAGACGUAGGAGCUGCGUCGUCAACUCGGGCCGGAGCGGUUGCUUGAAGGCCGUGAGCCUCCAACAUGGUUGUCAAGAGUGGUGGCGGCGCAGGUGGCUGAGAACGGAGCAUGUGUGAGUGUGUCUCUCCGUGGGAACAUGGCACUGGCCGCGCCUGCCUGUUGAUAUCGGCUGCUUUUGGCAGGAGGCAUGUAAUGAUUCGUUGACCAAACAAUCGGUGUGUACGCUCGCCCACGUGUUCCAUCGGAUUCAAUUUUUUGUGGUUUAUCAGACCUUACCAUAGAGCGAACGAAACUGAUUUAGGCUCAGACAGUGGUGCAGAACGUACGAGGUCGAACGACGCCGGCGAGACGAACUAGAACGGGUAAUUGAAUCAAAGAAUUGGCAAAUACUUGGCGUGAAUCGCGACAAUCGGAUCUCGGGGGUGGGGGGGGCGGGGGAGAGGUGGAUCAUUAUUACAUGGCGAUUUGAGAGGCUGCUUGGCAAACGCCCCUGAGCCCACGAGAUCACUUUGUGAGUCGUGGAGCAGAGGGCCGGCCUCUGCUGUUGAAGGCCUUGCCUGUGGUCGCCACGCUGCACUACCACCCGCCUGCGGUCAGCAGUUCACGGACGGUAAAGGUGCAGCCCUGCAAUGGCUUGCGUCGCCGCUGGCAGCAAGGGUCUCCGCUGGAGGACGCUCCAUAAAGGCCCCUCUGGAGGGCAUUUUGGCCCACUCCUCCACACUGGCCAGAGUACCCACACUUUACCCCACCACACAAGACCUGCCCAUAAACUGUGUUGUACCUAUUUAUACUGCUGGGUGGACCGGCGCGUUAGGGACGGUGGCGUGGAUUAAUAAAUGUGCUCCAGUGUUUCAACUGCCGCGCCGGGAGAUCGAUCCGAUUACUUGCGGAUUGCAAGUCCCAAGUGUAUGACCAUUACACCGCUGGCAGCAUCCACGCACGUCACGUUGCCUGCGUGUGUUGUGUACGUGAAGCCUGGCCAGAAUUCUGAAGAAUAUGGAUACAAGUGUUACCACCAACAGCCUCGUGCCCACACUCCGAAACCUCUGCGGGUGAUUUGACCCUCCCAAGUUACCGUCAUUCUUGCGAAUGAGACUGCUACCCUGGCCUCUGGAGUUCCCAUCUGGUCAAACUAAAUACGCUUGAGGGUCAACAGCAAUUUCGGCAGCCCCAUUGGUGGGAAAAAGCAUUAUUAACACUUUAUAUCCUUGCAAUAAAGCACACGAUUAUUUCACAGCGACGGUUAUAAUCUGCCCACACACUGGGAGUCGUUGUGUUCUCCGCACGCGUGUGUGAGUUGUGCGCACUUGGUCAUGUCUCCUCAAGUGGCUCUGGUUAUGAUGAAUCCUCCGCUGGAGCGGGAUUUGUUUCUGGGCGAAUUGCCGGUGUCGUAGCAGAGCGAAAGCAGACGGACGCGAAUAUGCGCGCACAGAUGGAACGCGCACGAGCACGCAUUCUGAUGUGUGGCCGUGUGGAGGUGGUGUCUCCGCGCGUGGACUGGAAUCCAGCACCGUUGAGGAUAGCACAGAUGUUGUCAAACUCCCUUCCCGUGGGUCUUUGAAGUGCCUGCCAGAAGGCGGUGGUUCAGGCGAAGUGUGGACUGGCCCCAUCUGUUCUAUCUCUAUGGGAUCGAGCGUUGCCUCCUCGCACGUGUGCGUUUUCUCUGGGUGUUCCGCUUGCCUCUCACACCCACAUGUCUGCGUUCAAUAAUUCAUAUAGAGGACCCCUCCUGUCCUUCCUGUCACUCUUUUUCAAUAUAUUUUCUCUUCAGCCAAAUCAUUAUGGCCAUACCGAAACAUUAGUCAACAAACACCCAAUAUUCAAAUUCAGUUUGCUGUCCGGUGCAUUCUCUUUUAUAGGAUUUGGAGAGACGCACUCGCCAUAGGAUAGUGUUAUUUAUGGUUUGCCAGCGCUUUAGUCAAGCCUUAAUUCCAGUGUUUUAUGCGCGUUUAUUUAGAGUUGUAAGCGCUAUAUCAACUGUUAGAAUCGUUUUGUAUUUAAGCCCGACGUUAGUUCCCGCGUCAUAGGCGAGUAGUGUUGCCAUCGUUGGUAGGUGAGCAGGUUCCGUACUUUAGACCCCGAUGGCGUUGUAUUUAUAAAUGGCGUUUGUAAGUCAAUCAUAUAGCCUGCAUUUCUCUACGACAGCUGCCUUCUCAACUUGUAUUCGCAUGGUUCUGUAAUUGUCAAAAGCUGUACGUUGUUGGCUGCGCGCGUGUGCGCUAGGGGGAGGUAGGGUGCGGCGGUUAGCGCGCCGCUCAACGGAACCCGGCGACCCGAGUUCCAUUCACGGCCACCACCUCUGACGGUGGCGAAUAUUUGAACCGGUCCUGGGACUUCCUAUAGGUCGACCCAGCCUUGAAUGAGUAAGUACCUGGUGCGGUGUGUAAACAUCGGCACUCGGGAGACAAAGGCGGCCUGGCGUGGCGUUGGUCACCCACCCGGUCAGUGAGCCGUGCCGGCCUUCAUCGGUGCUCGCUAACAGCACUUGCCCCAAAAACCUGUUAGGGCUAUAUGGGGGAGCUUUGUUUUUGUAGCGUGCCUGCCUUCCUGGCCUUGGUUCGUCCUGCCCACUUCACGUUGUUUUGUGUUCUUGGCGAAUGCUGGUCGUGCGCUAAUGUCUGUUUAUGGAAGAACGGAGAUACCGGCGUGAAAUCUAUCGCAGUGCAUGUCGAGGGUUUCUGUUUCUCCUGAGGGUUUGGUAGUUUUGCUGUUAAUAAAGUGGGACCAAGUGCAACUCUGGACGGAUGACCAAAUGUAGAGUGGUUUGCAAUCGCACACACACGAGCUGCGUCACCUUUCCCAAGUGUUUAUUUCAACGAGACUGUUAAGCACAUUUGACAUUUUGCCGUGAUUUUUUUUUUAUUAAUCGGUUCUGUCCCCUGUGACUUUAAUUAAUUCGGUUGAUAUUGUGUCAAAUAAAGGCAUGUGGAAACCAUA